UACAUCAAACUGAUUACGUGGUUAGGCAAUUUUGUAUGUGAGUUAUUAAGUGAGCUUUUCUGUAUGUAUUAGAGAAGGGUAGUAGUGUGUUGGCGUGUCGGUCCUGUAUGUAUGGCAAAAUUUCGGUGAAACCGAUUGGUUUUGUGUUUGUCUUUUUUUAAGAAGGCAGGCGUGGGUGCAUACACAAAAGAAGGUCGGUUUAAGAGAUCGAAGUUGAGACAAAGUGGAGAUACAACAACAGACUUGCUGCAUAGCUAGACUAGUUCCUGAGCUGGGAAGAGGAGUACCUUGUAUCGGACUGGUGGUUGUGGCGGAGACGGAGAGGGUGGCCACUAGUACCAAGCUUCUGUUUCAGCUGAGGGGGGGACUAUGGCGCUCAGAGCCAGAGCCCUCUAUGACUUUAAUUCAGAGAACCCAGGAGAAAUUUCUGUGAAGGAGCAUGAGAUAGUUUCUAUCUACAGUGAGCAGGAUAUCGAGGGAUGGUUGGAAGGAAUCAACUGCAGGGGAGAACGGGGUCUCAUCCCAGCUUCAUAUGUCCAGAUCCUGCGAGGCAACGAGCCAGCUUUCCUUAAUAGUUGUGUUGUACCCGAAAACUGCUACCCCGCGGCGCCCCCCAGGUAUGCUAAUGUGCCGUCUUCCAGCUAUGACUGUAGCUCUUUCCGAAGUCCCCAACCGGACUCCUUGCAGCCGCUGGUCCAGAUAGCUGCAUCUUCCAAUUUAUCCUACUCUGCUCCGCCACUGCUACAUAGCAGCUCUUUGCAGCCAGGUCAGCCCCAAACAACAGGUCAGGGAGGCAGCGAUGACGACUGGGAUGAUGACUGGGAUGACAGUUCCACUGUGGCGGACGAACCGGGGGUGCUGCUGGGCUCCGGCAUGGAGUUUGAAAGCAGUGGGGCGAGCAGGUACAGGAUGUCCACUCGCUCGGAUGCAUCAUCUGUGUCCCGGCUUAGCACCGGAGGCCAGCAGGCGGGCAAAGGUUCGGGUACAGUGGGUAGGAACCUCAACAGGUUCUCAACUUUUGUGAAGUCUGGUGGGGAGGCGUUUAUCCUUGGUGAAGCAGCAGGCUUUGUCAAGGAUGGGGACAAAAUCUGUGUGGUGAUGGGAAAAUACGGCCCCGAAUGGCAGGAAAACCCUUACCCCUUUUCGUGUUCAAUUGAUGAUCCGACAAAGCAGACCAAAUUUAAAGGGAUGAAGAGUUACAUAUCCUACAAGCUGCUGCCUACUAGUACCAAUAUACAGGUGAACCGCAGAUACAAACACUUUGACUGGCUGUAUGCCCGGCUUGUUGAAAAAUUUCCUGUGAUUUCAGUGCCUCACAUCCCAGAAAAACAAGCCACUGGACGGUUUGAAGAAGAUUUCAUUGCCAAGAGGAGAAAGGGUCUGGUCUGGUGGAUGAAUCAUAUGACUAGUCACCCUGUUUUGGCACAGUGUGAUGUUUUCCGGCAUUUUCUGACAUGCAUUGAUGAAAAAGGAUGGAAACAAGGGAAGAGGAAGGCGGAGAAAGACGACAUGGUGGGGGCUAACUUUUUUCUGACUAUCAGCAUCCCUCCGAAUAUGUUAGAUCUGCAAGAAGUGGAAAGUAAAGUAGAUGGGUUUAAAACUUUCACCAAAAAGAUGGACGACAGCGUUCUGCAGCUCAAUAACACAGUCAUCGAGUUUGCUAGAAAACAAGUUGCUGGCUUUAAAAAGGAGUAUCAAAAAGUUGGUCAUUCUUUUAAGUAUCUUGGUCAAGCCUUUGAAAUGGAUCAGCAAGCCUUUUCUACAGGAUUAAACCAUGCUAUUGCUUUCACUGCAGAAGCCUACGAUAAUAUAGGAGAAUAUUUUGCUGAACAGCCCAAGCAGGACGUGGACCCCAUUGUGGAUUUGCUAGCUCUCUAUCAAGGUCACCUUACAAAUUUUCCUGAUAUAAUUCAUGUCCAGAAAGGAGCCCUUACCAAAGUGAAAGAAAGCAAGCGACAUGUUGAAGAAGGGAAGAUGGAAAACAAUCAGGCCGAUGGUAUCCGAGAACGCUGUGACAUUAUCUCUUUUGCAACAUUAGCAGAGAUUCAACAUUUCCACCAAAUCAGAGUGAGAGACUUCAAGGGUCAGAUGCAGCAUUUCUUACAACAGCAAAUAUUUUUUUUCCAGAAGGUAACACAAAAGUUAGAAGAAGCCCUGCACAAGUAUGACGAUGCAUAAGGGAACUCAAACUUCUUCUGCACCUCUAGCCUUUUUGGAUAAUUUUCUAAUAGACAGCUCUUCCAUCCUGCCGAAGUGAAUCGUACAGAUAAUCAGUGGCGGUGCAAUAAUGUGUUGUUCCUUGGACAAGCCAAAACAAAUCCUGAGGACACUUAAAAACAUGAAAAGAGUUUCCUAGGAACUUUAAAAUGCAAACAGGUUUAGUUGGCUUUGUAAUAAAAAUAAAUGAAUUCUAUGUAUUAUAAUUGAAAAUAUAUAUAUAUAAUUAAUGUAUGCCUACACUACUAGUGUAUUUUUUCAUUAUACUGUUUGCCUUAUUGCUUUUCUGAAGUAUUUAGUGUGUACACCCAAGCACCUCAGAACCCUGGAAAAGGGGUGCCUAGUGCAAAGCCUCAUUCAGUUGCCUUGUUACCACACAGACUUGCAUUACAUUCUGUUGGGACUGAGUUUCUGUUUACAUUCUUCUGCAAGUGCAGCUACCUGACUGACUUGUGCCUUCAGACUAUUCUUUUUACUCCCCUCCCGCCAGCUCAUUCGCUUAACGAAAGGGAUUCACUUUUUGUACAUGUUCAAGGAAUUUGGCAUGCUGCUGCUGAUAUGCACUCAAAAUGAAGUCACCAGACUGAGUGCUGACGGAUUCUGCAGUUUCUUCUGAACAGUGGAUCCUUUGGAUGACUGAGGAGAUAGUGAUGUGCCUGUUUUUAUACUGUUUAAACCCAACCCGCACCAGAAGAAAAUAUGAAAUGUUACUCAGCUCAGCCAGUAAGUAGGGUCCGAGCACAGUUGUGAUUGGAAACGGAGUUACGAUUUAAAACAAAUGCAUUAAAACUCUAACUACACAGAAAAGCUGUUUCCCUGUUACUGAAUUUGUCAUGCACCAAAGUUCAGUUUAGAAUUUAUUUCAUCAGUCUGCUUCUUGGUGUCAAACAAGUCAGGAUUCAUUUUGGCUAUAGAAGUUGGAAGACCUUCACAGGCACUUGUUUACUUGGGAGGCCAUAGAGUGGGUCAGAGUUUCCUGUUUAUCCACACCUAGUUGUAUAAAUCAAACCAGUACUGCAAGUUUCCUGAUCACAGACUUGCAUACUUCUCCCUCGUUAUGAAGUGCAAUCAGUUAUUUGGGUUACUGUACCAUUUCUGAUCAGAUUAACUGUUAAUCUGAUGUUUCUGGUGUAAUAAAAUGAGGCUACUAUUAAGGUAGCUAAAAUAAGUUGGAAUAUUAA